AUGACAGAAAGUGAUGUUGAAGCAUUGUUGCAAUAUGUUGAUGCAAAGAAGAAAGUCAGAAUGAAAGUUACUCCUGCCAUUAAAACGUUUGCAGAUGAACAUAAUUUCAAUCCAAAUCAAGCUAGAAGCCGAUUUUAUGAAAGGAUGAGGUUAAUCAAAUUAUUGAAAGAACAAUCAACAUCAUCAUCAACAACAUCAUCAACAACAGCAACAACAACCCACAACUCAAAGGAAAUGAAUGUUUUACCCGAUGUUGUGUCAAGAUUGAUCAAGGAAGAACAACAGAAGCAAGAACAAAAGAAAAGAAAACAACAGCAAGUUGAUGAUGAGAAUGAUGAUGUUGAGAAUGAUGAGAACGAGGAUGAAUACGACUUUGACAAGUUGUUGGUAUCAACUCCAGGCAAGGUUACCACUGUAAAACAAAGUUUAUCUCACACAGGACACUAUCUAAGAAACAGAAUAGUUUCAUUAACUUUCACUGUUGCGUCUCAGCCUAACAUCAACAAGAUGGUCAAGAAACUGAGUAACAUAAAAUGUCGGAAGUAG